AUGACGCUUGAAAACGAAAAGCCCUCUGCGGCUACCCAAAAGGCAGAGAUGGCCGAGAAGCCUGGCAACGGCCACUCGGACAGGGCGUCGUCGCAUGGCGACUCGACCGAGGUGGACGCUUCGAGCCAUCCCAAGACCCAGAACGCCGAGAUCAGCAACCUCGAAAAGGCCGACUCCAAGGCCAUUGCACCCAAGGACCCCAGCGACGACCCCUACGAACACCUCCCCGAAGAUGAGGCCGCCAUCCUCAAGCGUCAGGUCUUCACCCCUGAGGUCAAAGCGGGCAUGGCGACCCUGUACCGCUACUCCUCGACCAACGAUAUCCUCAUCCUCGCAGUGGCUGCCUUCACGUCCAUCGUCGUUGGCGCCGCUCUGCCGCUCAUGACCGUCAUCUUCGGCAACCUGCAGGGCACUUUCCAGAACUACUUCAACGGGGUUAUAUCCAAACAGGACUUCAACAACGAGAUGGCAAGUUUGGUUUUGUAUUUUGUCUAUCUCGCAAUCGGCGUCUUCGUCUGUCAAUACCUGAGCACCGUCGGCUUUAUCUACACGGGAGAGCACAUUAGCGCAAAGAUCCGUGAGCACUACCUUCAGAGUUGCAUGCGCCAAAACAUUGGCUUCUUUGACAAGCUGGGCGCCGGCGAGGUGACAACCCGGAUCACGGCCGACACCAAUCUGAUUCAAGACGGCAUUUCCGAAAAGGUCGGCCUCACGCUCGCCGCCCUCGCGACCUUCAUCUCGGCCUUUGUCAUUGGCUUCAUCCACUACUGGAAGCUCACCCUCAUCCUGCUAUCCACCGUCGUUGCGCUGCUCCUGAGCAUGGGUGGCGGCUCGACCUUCAUUGUCAAGUACAGCAAGCAGUCGAUCGAGUCGUACGCCCACGGAGGCAGUCUCGCCGAUGAGGUCAUCAGCUCUAUCCGCAAUGCCAUCGCCUUCGGAACCCAGGACCGCCUGGCCAAGCAGUACGACGUGCACCUGACCAAGGCUGAACUGUACGGCUAUAAGGUUAAGUCGGCCAUCGGCGUCAUGGUCGCCCUCAUGAUGACUAUCCUGUACCUGAACUAUGGCCUCGCCUUCUGGCAGGGAAGCAAGUUCCUCAUCGAGGAUGGCAUUGCCCUAUCCAACAUUCUCAUCAUUAUGAUGUCCAUCAUGAUCGGUGCUUUCAACCUGGGAAACGUCGCCCCCAACGUGCAGGCCUUUACGACCGCCAUUGCCGCCGCCGCCAAGAUCUACAACACUAUCGAUCGCGUUUCUCCCCUUGAUCCGUCCACCGAGGACGGCAUCAAGCUUGACAAGGUCGAGGGCGCGAUCCGUCUUGAGAACAUCAAGCACAUCUACCCGUCCCGCCCCGAGGUCACGGUCAUGGAGGAUGUGAGCCUGAACAUCCCUGCCGGCAAGACCACGGCCUUGGUCGGUGCGUCCGGCUCCGGCAAGAGUACGAUCGUGGGUCUCGUCGAGCGCUUCUACGACCCCGUCCGCGGAUCUGUGUACCUCGACGGCCACGACAUCAGCACCCUGAACCUGCGUUGGCUUCGCCAGCAGAUGGCUCUCGUCAGUCAGGAGCCCACGCUCUUCGCCACUACCAUUUACCAGAACAUCAGGUACGGCCUCAUUGGCACCCAGCACGAGAACGCGACCGAGGAAGAGCAGAAGAAAUUGAUCGAGAACGCCGCGAGGAUGGCCAACGCCCAUGACUUCAUCAGCGGUCUCCCCGAGGGCUACAUGACGAAUGUCGGCGAGCGUGGUUUCCUCCUCUCCGGUGGUCAGAAGCAACGUAUCGCCAUCGCCCGGGCCGUCGUGUCCGACCCCAAGAUUCUCCUUCUCGACGAAGCCACUUCCGCAUUGGACACGAAGUCAGAGGGAGUCGUGCAGGCAGCCCUCGAAGUCGCCGCCGAAGGCCGCACCACCAUCACCAUUGCCCACCGCCUCUCCACCAUCAAGGACGCCCACAACAUCGUAGUCAUGUCCAACGGCCGCAUCGUUGAGCAGGGCACCCACAACGAGCUCCUCGCGAAGAACGGCGCCUACUACAACCUCGUCACCGCCCAGAAUAUCGCCCGCGUCAAUGAAAUGGACCCCGAGGAGGAGGAAGCCAUCGAUGCCGAGGACGACGAGCUUAUCCGCAAAAAGUCCCGCGUCUCCGAGAAGGGCUUCGUCGCUGACCCCGAAGACGACAUCGCGGCCAAGAUGCAGCGCACGACUACCACCAAGUCACAGUCGAGCAUCGCCCUUCAGAACCGGACGGAAGAGGGCGAGGUCAAGUACAGCCUGUGGACAUUGAUCAAGCUCAUCGCCUCGUUCAACAAGAAGGAGUGGAAGCUCAUGCUCAUCGGUCUCUUCUUCUCCAUCAUCUGUGGUGGCGGCAACCCGACCCAGGCCGUCUUCUUUGCCAAGCAGAUCAUGACCCUAUCGAUCCCCCUUGACAAUGCCUCUGAUGCCCUCCGCCACCAGAUGAAGAAGGACUCCGACUUCUGGAGCGCCAUGUACCUCAUGCUCGCCGGCGUGCAGUUCAUUGCCUUUGUCGUCCAGGGAGUCGUCUUCGCCAAGUGCUCUGAGAGGCUCAUCCACCGUGUCCGUGACCAGGCCUUCCGCACCAUGCUGCGCCAGGACGUCGCCUUUUUCGACAAGGACGAGAACACGGCCGGAGCGCUCACGUCGUUCCUAUCCACUGAGACGACCCAUUUGGCUGGACUCAGCGGUGUCACCCUCGGCACCCUGCUCAUGGUGUCGACGACCUUGAUCGCGGCCCUCGCUCUCGCCAUCGCCAUCGGCUGGAAGCUCGCGCUCGUCUGCACCGCGACCAUCCCGAUCCUCAUCGGCUGCGGUUUCUUCCGUUUCUGGAUGCUUGCGCACUUCCAGCGUCGGUCCAAGACGGCCUACUCCAACUCGGCGAGUUACGCGUCCGAGGCCAUCUCUGCGAUCCGCACCGUCGCCUCGCUCACACGCGAGGACGACGUUAUCCUCCAGUACCAGAACUCUCUGGCCAUCCAACAACGCGCAAGUUUGAUCUCCAUCCUCAAGUCCAGCUUGCUGUUCGCCGCGUCCCAGUCUUUCAUGUUCCUGGCUUUUGCUCUUGGCUUCUGGUACGGUGGUACGCUCAUUGCCAAUGGCGAGUACAACAUGUUCCAGUUUUUCGUGUGCUUCUCGGCCGUUAUCUUCGGUGCUCAGUCCGCCGGAUCCAUCUUCUCGUUCGCCCCGGACAUGGGCAAGGCUCACCAGGCUGCCCACGAGCUCAAGGUGCUGUUCGACCGCAAGCCGACCAUCGACACCUGGUCCGAACAGGGAGCCAGGCUUGACGCCGUGGACGGCACCCUCGAGUUCCGCGAUGUUCAUUUCCGGUACCCGACCAGACCCGAGCAGCCCGUCCUCCGUGGACUGGACCUCGUCAUCCGCCCGGGACAGUACGUCGCCCUUGUCGGUGCCUCUGGCUGCGGCAAGUCCACGACAAUUGCCCUUCUCGAGCGCUUCUACGACCCCCUCUCCGGCGCCAUCUUUGUCGACGGCAAGGAGAUCAGCACGCUUAACGUUAACGAUUACCGUUCCUUCAUUGCCCUCGUCAGUCAGGAGCCCACGCUCUACCAGGGUACCAUCAGGGAGAACAUCAUCCUCGGCGCCAACAGCGAGGUCACAGACGAGGCCAUUGAGUUCGCCUGCCGCGAGGCCAACAUUUACGACUUUAUCGUCUCAAUGCCCGAGGGCUUCAACACGAUUGUGGGUAGCAAGGGCGCCCUGCUGUCUGGUGGACAGAAGCAGCGUAUUGCCAUCGCCCGUGCCCUCAUCCGCGACCCCAAGAUCUUGCUGCUGGACGAGGCCACGUCAGCCCUGGACUCCGAGUCGGAGCACGUCGUCCAGGCCGCCCUCGACAAGGCCGCCAAGGGCCGCACGACCAUUGCUGUUGCGCAUCGUCUCAGCACCAUCCAGAAAGCCGACAUUAUCUACGUCUUCGACCAGGGACGCAUCGUCGAGCAGGGCACGCACGCCGAGUUGAUGAAGAAGAAUGGCCGCUACGCCGAGCUGGUCAACCUGCAGUCGCUGGAGAAGAGCGGCUGA